UUCCAGUACUAUUGUCACUAUUCCAAUAAUUAUGCAAAAUUUUAAUUUCGGUAAUAGGGCACCUUACGAUUUCAAAGCAGUAAUAAUUGAACAACUAAGCGACCAUUAUUAAAUCGCUAUGAAAAUUAAAAUGUUAUUUUUCAAUCAGAAUUUCCUGAGUGCAUUUUAUUUUAUAAUACCACUAAUUCUACAACUCAUAUGUCAGGUUUGCUCAUUCAGUCUAGAAGAUGCACUUAUAAAGGCAAAUGCUGAAGGUUUUCCUACUGAAUUAUUGUACAGUGUGGCUGGUUUAGAAGGUCGUUCAGACAACGUCAAAGAAAAAUUAGCAGCUGCUUUGGAAAACCCCGAGGUACAAGAAGCAGCGCGUAAGGCAGCUAUAGAAUAUGCAUUAAAAGAUAUUACAAACUCAAGAGAAAAUAUGGUAGGUUAUUGUCAGUAUUCAUGGCUUAGGUGGUUACCAUUUAUGAACUGUGAUGAAACAGUUUCAUCAGAAACCCGAAAUAAUCUCCAAAUACUCAGCACUAAAAGAAAUUGUGUAAAAAAAAAAAUGUAGUUUUUAAUUUUUUGUUUAUACUAAUUCUUUAAAGUUAAUACAAUGAUACUUCUGAAAAACUUUAUUUAAUGGAAAAGGCACAAAUCUUUUUUUUUUUAUAAAUCACUGUUAAUUUUAAUAAAAAUAUAUUAAACAAU